UGUGGCCUAAGUUUUAGCAAAUUCUAUAAAUAGAUCCAUUAUUGCAGGUAAGAUGCACUAAACUUCCGUUGCUUGAACAAUAUACUCAAAAACCCUCGGUGUACAUGGAAACCUCCAAGCCAAGUAUUUGUUUGAAGCUCCUUAUCGACACAACGCGUCAACGAGUUCUCUAUGCUGAAGCUGGCAAAGACUUUGUGGACUUUCUCCUCACAAUUCUGUCUUUGCCGAUUGGCACUGUCAUCCGGCUUCUCUCCAAAGAUGGCAUGGUUGGCUCGUUAGGCAAACUUUACGGCAGUGUCGAAAGCCUAAGCAGCAUAUACAUGCAACCUCACUUUAACAAGGAAUCCCUCCUGAAACCUAACGCAACAUCAACGAUUGGUGUUGGUGCCGAUGCCCUUCAUAUGCUGACGAUAGACGACUCCUCUGCUGAAAAGUCAUUCUAUUAUUGUGGUUGUCGUAGUCGCCACCAAACCUAUCCAAUGCUUGUAAUGGACAACCCUAAAGCCACCGUUGUAACGGACAACCCUAAAGCCAUUUGUCCAUACUGCAGUUCAAGCAUAAAUACCAAGGCGACUUUUGUCCAUGGAUCCACUGCUGAAGGAGAAACGGCCGGUGAUGGAGGAUAUGUGAAAGGUGUUGUGACGUAUAUGAUUAUGGAUGACCUGGAAGUGAAGCCCAUGUCUAGCAUUUCAAGCAUAACCAUGCUAAACAGGUUCAACGUCAAGGAUGUCGGUGCCCUUGAAGAGAAAGUGGUCCAUCUUACCAUGGAAGAGGGUGUCAAAUUGCUGAGGGUAUCGUUGCUGUCAAACUUGGUUCUGACCACCGUAUUCCUUGAUAAGAAUGAAGCGUGCGCUUCAACUGAAAGUAUUGUGGAAUGAACAAUCUGAAUUUUCUACGAGGACUUUCGACUUCCUCUAGAGCAAAACAUGAUGAAACAGACAAAUUUUAGAGUGAUUCAAAUUGGAGGAUGUUCAUGUGUUUGCUAACUUCUUGGUGUCAAAAUGUAAUGACCUACGUGGAUUUGGCUUUCAAACUUUUUUAGAUGUUAUGUAAUUUAGGACUUUUGUCUGAAGGUCCCUGUCUAGAUCUAUUGUACUUUGGGUUGAUUUGGACUCUGUUUUGCUGUGUUGUUUUGGAAGUGAUAUAUACUCAAUGCCCAGGAAGAUUAAUGUAAUUUGAUAACGGUCUC